AUGGCCACAGAAUACCCCCACCGAAUCGCCCUCUUGGGCCUAGGCACAAUCGGCCUCUCAAUGCUAGCAAUGCACCUGCGCCGCCCCGACACCAGCAUAACAGUCUACGACCCACGCCCCGACUACGAGUCCCAGAUCCGAAGCACGCUCCCCUCCCUCCUGGACUGCCCGGAAUCAACCACCAUAAUCGACGAACUGAUCCGCACAUCGCGCCUGAAACUAGCCACCAGCCUGAGUGUCGCGCUCGAAAACGCGACAAUCGUGCAGGAACAGAGCCCGGAAAAGACAGCUUCGAAACAGGCGCUCUGGAAGGAAGUCGCCAGUCUCUCUAGCCCGCAUGCACACCUGUGGAGCAGUUCAUCUGGGAUCCCCGCGUCGGCGCAGGCAGCCGGGUGCGAGGGUGUUGCUGAGCGGUUGGUCAUCGCGCACCCGUUCAACCCGCCGCAUCUGAUGCCGCUUAUUGAAGUCGUGCCUGGGCCUGAGACGAAGGCUGAGGAGGUGGAGUUUGUGAAGAAGUAUUUCAGCGAGGUUCCUGGGCCUGGGGCUGCUGUUGGUGCUGCUGGCUCGAGUGCAGAUCCAUCGGCUAAGCAGCAUUACCGACCUGUCACGCUGAACAAGGAGAUGCCUGGGUUUGUCGGGAAUAGACUUGCUUUUGCGUUGCUGAGGGAGGCGUGUUAUCUUGUUGGGGAGGGGGUUGUCUCGGCGGAGGAUUUGGAUAUUCUUGUUAAGGCUAGUUUGGGCCCACGGUGGGCUGGAAGUGGUGUGUUUGAGAGUUAUCAUGCUGGUGGUGGAGAGGGUGGAAUUGGGGCGUUUUUCCAGAAGCUUGCGCCGACAAUUCAGGAUGUGUGGGGUGACUUGGGCCAGAUUGAUAUUGAGGGCGAGCAGCCGUGGAAGGACUUGGUUGUUAAGCAGACUGAAGAUGCUUAUGGGACUUAUACUCUUGCGAAGAGGACGAAGAAAGAGGAGAUGCUGAGGGAUGUUCUGGAGCUGCAAAAGAAGAACUGGGAAGAGUUGUGA